CACUCAACUCUUCGUCACGUGAUAUCGAGAGUGCGUUUCGGCCAACAGUUGUGGCGCGAAGUGGACGACCAAUCGGAGGACGAGACGAAUGAUUUCCUCGGUUUCGGCCAAUCGGAGUGUCGACAGCCGUCGCGCGACUCAACAAUCGUUUCGGAGAAGAGUUUCGAGAAAACGCGAAGAAUUCAGGAAUUGCUUCGAAACCAAUGGGAGGAAAGGAUCCGCGCGCUCAACCAAUCGGCGGCCGUUGCCAUCGCGACGAAGAGCAUCGUCCGGAAGGCGCGCUUCGAGAUCAACAAACAGACGAUCGAAAAGAUCCGCAAAACCGCGCACCAGUCGUCACGUGACUCCUCGCCCGCCGCACCCGCGCGCGACUCCACUCAGAGGUCUGGUCAGCCGGGAUCCAUCACGUGCGCGAUCUGCGCGCAAACCAAGUUCUACUCGCACGUGCAGCGCCGCUACGGCGUGUUCAGUUGCGAAAGUUGUUCCAAAUUCUUCGCCAAAUUCCUAAAACAACCCAAACAAUACUUCUGCGCGCAAAACGGCGACUGUCCGCUGGGCGCCGCUGAGUGGCGGUCGUCGUCCGCCAGGUGUCGCGGCUGUUGGCUCAAAGUGUGUCUCCAGAAGUUCCGCGUCGCGCGUGACGUCAGAAACAGCGUCUGCCUCGAGUUCGCGCCCAAACUGCUGGCGCCCCCUAACGUCGCGCUCAUCACAGUGGACACGGGCGCCGCACAGCCCGGCCGCCCCGACGCGGCGCCCGGCCUCCUGAUGGUGGCGCGCUCUUCCGGGCCGCGCGUGAAACGCGUUUGUCGGACGGCGGGAACGGCGAGCGGUCUGCCGCGCGCCACGAAACGCGAUCUGACGCACAGCACGACGACCGACGACGACAUCGACGUCUACUUGUGUCUCAAGUCGUGUCCAUCGCGUGAUUGCAACAAAAACAUGACUUCAACAAUGUCUCGACAAUUGGCCACAGAUUCCGAGUUUUGCGCGAAACUCAAACUCCAGAGUGACGUCAGAUCAAAACACUUUUCGCUUCUUAUUUCACGUCUCGAUCUCUUCGAUGACUCCAUUGUUGCCGAAAACGCCAUCUUUUGGUCACAAAUCUGUUUGAAAAAUCUUUCAAAGGAAACGCAUUUCGCGAAUUCCGCGCGACUUUUGUCCGCAUUGUUGAACACUGUGUCGUGUCGUCACUCCUGUCGUCACGUGUCGUCGCAAUUGGCCGCCGCUAUUGUUGUGCCCGCGACUGACCUGCUGUUGGCCUCCAAUAGAGACCCCAUUGUUGUCGCGCGACUUCUUCUGCUAUUUAUUCGCGAUUUCUCUUCGAAUUUGAUUCCAAAACGACUUCCAAUCGAAGCCUUCGUUCUCAACAAUGCGUUCACAACUGAAUCGCGUUCUCAACAAUUGAUUUUUUCUCAACUUUUUGGAAAACUUUUUCUCUUAUCUCAAAAUCGAACGAAAAUUCACGAAAAAUAUUUCGAACUUUGUUUGGAAAAAAGCCGCGAAAAAAAUGCGCAAAACUUCUGGCCUCUCGCGCUCAGCGCUCUUCUCACGGCUCCCAAAACCGUUGUUCGCGUGCCGGCGGCCGCCGUUCUCUCUCUGGCCUCAGAUCUCGCGCUCGACGACUGUUCCGCGGAAACGGCGUUCCAAGUGUUGGAAGCGCUGCUCAUCACGUGA